AUGGCGGGCUACGGUCGCCCGCUCAGCUUUUCUGAGCGAAGGGGUAGUGUUCUGAGUUGUGGAGAGGACUUGUCCUUGGCGACGACCAACGAAGCGCCAACAAUUGUCAAUCAAAGAAUGGAGAAAGCGUCGCAAUCAAGGCCGCGAGGGCCACCUACACCCAGCAUGAGCACACCCGCACCCGACUUUGAUCAACAACUCACCGGCUCGCCGCCACCGCCUCCAACACCGGCUGCGUCACCAGGACCAGCACCUGGCCCAGACUGGAGCGACGCGGCUGAUGAUGAAGAUUUCUUCCUGGCUACGGUUCGGCGACACUUCCAGCACUGUUCUGGUCCGCAGCGAAAUCGUGUCCUGGCCGAUCUGCUCAACAUGUGCACGACACAGCAGCUCAGCUUCGUCCACCAAUUUGUCAGCCCUCUUUUAAAGAAAGAUCCGUUUACCAGCUUGCCUGAUGAACUUUGUCUAAGGAUCCUGUCGUUCAUCGACGACCCCAAAGUACUUGCACGAGCCUCACAGGUAUCCCGGCGUUGGAGGGAUCUACUGAGCGACGAUGUCACCUGGAAGAACCUUUGUGUCAAGCACGACUACAGCCGAAGACUCUCGGAGGUUAACUACGAUGCAGCAACCGCGAGCCGAGCCGCGAGACCCAGUCCACUCCCGCUUCCAGAGUCGGAGCAUUCUGCGCACAGUUUUCCGGGAGCUCUUCCCGGGCCGUCGUCCUUCACCGCUUCUCAGAAUACCGAUGGCGCCGCUUCACCACUAGGACGGCCGAAGCUGCGGUCAUAUAAGUCUCACUUCAAGCAAAGGUUCCUCGUCGAGUCGGCCUGGAAGACCGGCGGGCGGAAUAUCACACGUACAAUCACCCAGGAUGGACGGGUAGUGACGAGUCUGCACUUGACUCCAAAGUACAUUGUCGUGGCACUUGAUAAUGCUCGAAUACACAUCUUCGAUCGAGAUGGAAACGCGUUGCGGACUCUGCAGGGUCAUAUGAUGGGUGUCUGGGCUAUGAUCCCUUGGGAUGACAUUCUUGUCAGCGGCGGAUGUGACCGAGAUGUCCGUGUCUGGGAUAUGACAACUGGCAACUGUCUGCAUACGCUCCGUGGCCAUACAUCGACUGUACGCUGUCUCAAGAUGUCCGACUCAAAUACUGCCAUAUCUGGUUCCCGGGAUACAACCCUGCGAGUUUGGGACAUCCGACAGGGCGUGUGUAGAAAUGUUCUCGUCGGGCAUCAGGCUAGCGUUCGGUGCUUGGAGAUCAAGGGCGACAUCGUCGUGUCUGGCAGCUACGAUGCGACUGCCAAGAUCUGGAGCAUUUCCAAGGGCCAAUGCCUGCACACGCUGACUGGUCAUUUCAGCCAGAUUUACGCCAUUGCCUUUGACGGAAGCCGAGUGGUUACAGGAAGUCUGGACACCAGCGUGCGUGUCUGGGACGCUAACACUGGUGAAGCAAUUGCCGUACUUCAGGGCCACACUAGCUUGGUUGGCCAGCUGCAGCUGCGAGGCAAUACCCUCGUCACAGGCGGUUCCGAUGGCUCUGUCCGGGUGUGGUCACUGGAGAAGAUGUGCCCGAUACAUCGGCUCGCUGCGCACGAUAACAGUGUCACUAGCCUUCAAUUUGACGAUACCAGGGUUGUAAGCGGUGGAAGCGACGGCAGAGUUAAGGUCUGGGACGUCAAAUCUGGUCAUUUGGUUCGCGAGCUCAUUACCGCCGAUUCCGUCUGGAGAGUUGUCUUUGAAGACGAGAAGUGCGUUGCGGUUGCCAACCGUGGGAGUCGCGUUAUGAUGGAGGUUUGGUCAUUCUCUCCCCCUGAGGAUGCGUACAGUGAUAGGCCAAUGUCUCUGCCUCAACGGCUUGCCGAGCCGCAACCCAGCCGCACUCUUACGGCAGACUUCCGUCGAUCUGCUCUGGCGCUUCCGAUCGCCCUAUCUGAGGACGAAGUUGACGUUCCAGAUGUUGACAUGAGAGAUGCCGGUCCAUCGACUGCGCCUCUGGCUGAAAAUACGACAUUCUUCCAUGACGACUAG